AUGGAGGACACUCACCGGAGCGCCGCCCCAGCGGCGGCGGCCCCCGGAGGCAAUGGAAGUGCCGGAGGAGGGAAGGACGACACCGGCAGGGGCAAGCGACCGGCGCCCUCGGCCUCCGCCCUUCCGGGGAACAAGAGAAGCAAGGCGGGGGUGAAGGAGCUGGAGCCGGCGCUGUGGGCGAAGAUGCUGUCGCAGUACUCGCAGACUCCUCAUGUUCUACUCUCUGUCAGCGAAAUUUCUGUUGGCAGAGGUCACAAAUGUCACAUAGUUUUGGAUGACCAAACUGUUGACACAAAUCUAUGCCUGUUGCGGUUGCGGCAUCUUGAGCGAGGUGGUCCAUGGGAGUUAGAGGUUACAGGCAAGGGUGGUUCGGUUGUAGUAAAUGGAACACAAAUCAUCCGAGGUGCCAAAGUUCCCCUCAGUGGAGGGGAUGAGAUUUUUUUUGGUCGAAGUGGGGUGCAUGGCUAUAUUUUUCAGCAUCCUCUGACUGGGCCCAACAUAUUAGCAUCUGGGCAUAACAAUUUGGGGGGCCCAUUGGCAGUCCCUACUGCAUCUAGAGAGAACAACCAAGGAAUAGAAAAAACUGCUCUUGAAAAUCAGAGCAAUUUCGGGAGUCCUAAUCCAUCAGCCACUUUAUCUGCGAGUGGAUGGCAAGCCUUUAAGGAUGGGCUGAAACAAGGAAUUCUUAGCCCAAAGGAUAUCCAUGUAACCCUUGAUAAUUUCCCGUAUUAUCUCAGUGAUAGUACAAAGGAGAUACUCUUGUUGUCUGCAUUCGUACACAUGGACAAGGAGUUCAACAAAUGUUCACAAAAAGUUUCAUCUCUAAAUCAGCGAAUUCUAUUAUCUGGUCCAUCAGGGUCCGAACUGUACCAGGAAACAUUGAUAAAGGCGCUUGCAAAGCACUUUGAUGCUAGACUUCUCAUACUUGAUUCUCUUAUUCUGUGUGGUAUGUCUUCAAAACUUCAAGAGUCCCUAAAGGAUGUCAGGAGUGAUGAUGCACCAACUUUUAGUUCAGGAGCUGACAUUGUGGGAACAUCCAGAAAAAACACUUUCAGAGAAGGAGAUAGGGUAGAGUAUAUUGGUGAUGGUUCCUUAAAGUUGACACCCAGCUCUUAUGUUUAUCGGGGUGAAGUAGUACUUGCUUUUGAAAAAAAUGGGUCCUCUAAAGUUGGAGUUCUAUUUGACGACCCUAUCAAUGCCGGAAAUGAUCUUGGAGGUUUAUGUGACCGAAAUCGUGGCUUAUUUUGUUAUGCUGCUGAACUUCGGCUAGACUCUUCUGGUGGUGAAGUUGAUAGCCUUGCUUUAGGAAAGUUCAUUGAGGUCAUUUCAGAAGAAAGCAAAAGCAGUAAUUUGUUUGUGUUACUCAAGGAUGUAGAGAAGUCAUUCACCAAAUGUAGAGAAUCGCUGAUCAAUGACCUUCCACCUGGUGUUCUGAUAAUUGGGUCUCACACUCAGGCACAGAGCUACAAGGAUCAGGAAGCCAUUGGAAGUAAGCCUGAAGGAAGCAGAAGUGCUACAGAGUCAACAAAGCAUCUAAAUAAUCUUUUCCCUAAUAAAAUUUCCAUUGAUCUUCCACAGAAUGGAGCACAGAUAUCAAAUUUGAAGAAACGACUAGAACAAGAUACUGAAACCCUUAAAGAUAAGGCCAACAUUAGUAAUAUUCGUAUGUUUCUGACUAGCAGAGAAAUUGAAUGCAUUGGUCUUGAAGAAUUAUCCAUCAAUGAUCGAUUACUGACUAAUGAAGAUGUGGAUAAGAUUGUUGGAUAUGCUAUUAGUCAUCACCUUCAGAACUUUGGACGUCCAAAAUGUGUCAAAAUGGAACUUCCAAUUGAAAGCCUCAAGUAUGGACUCAGUGUGGUACAGAGAACACACAGUGAAAAUAAGAGCCCAAAGCAUGUGCUAAAGGGUAUGCUCACAGAGAAUGUGUUCGAGGAAAAAAUUCUUCUAAAUGUUAUCUCACCUAAUGAUCCUGGAGUAACCUUUGUGGAUAUCGGAGUCCUGGACGAUGUGAAAGAGACACUGAAGAAAUUGGUGAUGCUCCCUCUACAUAGACCUGAAUUGUUCAACGAAGGGCAGCUAAGAAAGCCUGUGAAGGGAAUACUGCUCUUUGGACCUCCUGGAACAGGUAAAACAAUGCUUGCAAAAGCGGUAGCUACUGAGGCAGGUGCAAACAUCAUCAACUUGUCAGUAUCAAGCAUUACAUCAAAGUGGUUGGGAGAAGCAGAGAAAUAUGUUAAGGCAAUUUUCUCUUUGGCAAGUAAAUUAUCUCCUGCUAUAAUAUUUGUUGAUGAGGUUGACAGUUUCCUAGGAAAGAUAGAAAGACCAGGGGAGCACGAAGCAAUGAGCAAGUUCAAAAAUGAAUUCCUGAUAAACUGGGAUGGUUUGCAUACUAAAGAGCAAGAACAUGUAACCGUUCUUGGAGCCACAAAUAGGCCAUUUGACCUUGGUGAUGCCGUUAUUCGAAGAUUAAUGGUGAGCGUUCCUGAUGCGUCGAGUAGAGAGAAGAUUUUAAAAGUAAUACUAUCCAAAGAAAUGUUGGCACCAGAUAUGGACCUCAAAUUAGUUGCCAGUAUGGCUGGUGGAUAUUUAUGGACUGACUUGAAGAAUCUGUGUGUAACUGCAGCCUUUCGCCCCCUCGAUGAAAUCAUGGAGAAGGAGAAAAAGGAGAAGAGUUUGGCGAUUGCUGAAGGUUGGCCUGAGCCUCCAUUGUAUGGAACCAAGGACAUUCGACCACUUGAAAUGGAUGACUUCAAAUUUGCGCUUGGCCAGGUGCAUGCCAGCUUUUCGCCUAAUUCAAGUACCAUGGACAAGUUUAUAGAGUGGAACAACAAGUUUGGCGGCGGGAUUUCAAAACUGAAGCAAACUCUGAGCUAUUUCAUGUAG